CUCCAGGUGACAAGGUCAUAGAACUAAAUCUCAAAAUGCUGGACUUUGGAUCGGCCGGCUGUGAUGAGGAAAGUAUUGUUGUGUACAAAGGACUCAGUACGCAAGGAGAACCCCUUGGGAAGAUUUGCAGCGAUACUGUUCCAGGGAUACAGCCGUACCACGUGAACAUGUUGUUUAUCGAGUACAGAAACCUAUUACAACAGGAAGGAGAACGCUUCAGUAUCGAAUACUCGUUUGUUGAGGACGUCUUCACUCCUGCACCAGUCCCACCGACCACUCCUUCCCCGGUUGGAGGCAAUAACGACUGCAGCGGCAUGUACAAAGGCAUCGACACUGACAGCGGCGAUUUGAUUUACGCAGCACCAGAAUAUGAAAACAAUAAAGAAUGCAUUAUUGUUGUGCGGAAUACUCAGCUACCGCGUCACGUGGUCCAAAUAGAAUUUCUAUACUUUGAUAUUGAAGAUUCAGACAACUGUAUGUUUGACUCAUUAAAGAUCCUGUCAGGAGAAAGAGCAGAUUCAGCGGAGCUUGGUGGACCGUAUUGUGGAGAAAGUCUACAUGGUAGAACCUUUCUAACCAGUGGAAAUUCUCUUCGUCUCGAAUUUAAAACUGACGUGUCUUUUGCCCUAAGAGGAUUCAAGGCCAAGAUUUCAUUCGUGCCUAGUAAAGACUGUACAUGUGAAACAAAUCAGAUAUGCAUUCGCCAGGAUCACGAGAAAAAAUGUAUUCGCGGACAACAAUGUAGAGCAAACACGUGUCAGAAUGGCGGCACGUGCAUAAAAACCGGCUCCACACAGAAGUGUUACUGCCCUGCAGGGUUCGAAGGAGACGACUGUUCACAAAGUCAUGGACAGUCGUCUUCUCAUAUACGGUUCAUUGUGGCACCAGGAGAUCGUGCAUUAAAGAGAGACGAGAGUCAUACUGAGGAAUGUGCUGUCGAAAUUCAGCACGGAGAGCGCGUGCAAUACGAAUGGACAUUUAAUGGAGCGCUGAUAGAGGCGUACAAUAGAAGAACCGGAUUUGGAUCUCACCCAGGUGGUUUAUUGCAGAUUGACAAGUUUACAGACGAGUUGGAGGGACAAUAUUCGUGUUUCGCAACAACAUCAUCGGGUACAGCGGAACACACGUUUGAAUAUAGAAUCGUAAAAGAUUGCGAUGUUAGAAUAUACCCCGGGCCGCAGUCUGAGAGCAAGAAGAUUAACGAGAAUGCCUUACUUAUCUGUCAUGUGGAUUCGCGUGCCAAAGAAGUCCGUUGGAAGAAAGAUGGUGUUUACAUUAAUUUUGACAAUAACCCAAGAUUCAGGAAAAUGGUAAACAACUAUCUCCAUAUUUCUAACGUUGGACUCUCAGACGCGGGAACCUACCAGUGUGAAGCAGAAGAUAGUAAUGGUUGCUACAGUUACAAAGAGGGAACAUUAAGCGUGGUUGAUGUUAAACCUCUAAAUAAAUACUGCGGCAUAUCUAUAUUCGACGAAGUUAAUUUGGCCAGCUCAAGAAUAUCCAAGGGCAACGAUGCACGACCUAAUGAAAAUCCGUGGCAUGUGACAUUGAGAUCCAGAGGCAGAUCAUCUAAAGAGAGAGCGUUCUGUGGCGGAACUAUUAUAUCCCAGAGAUACAUUCUGACUGCAGCACAUUGUGUUGAAGAGUUCGAAACAAAUUUUGGUGUUCCCUUUGAAUCUGAAAAUGUUGUGAUUUUACUUGGGACAACAGAGUGUCUGUUGACUGGUGAUGGGACAACUAGAACAUUUAAAAGUUUCGUCGUUCAUCCAAAAUUUGGCGACCAAGCACCGUAUGAUAACGAUGCAGCAUUGAUAGAACUUGACAGUCCAGUUGAAUACACGGAUUCUAUACGUCCAAUAUGUCUGGAACCAGCUGACUACAAUGACCGGGUGUUCUUGGAAAACAGUGAUUCAUUAUCGCCUGUACCAGGGAAGGUUACUGGCUGCGGCCAGAAAAGAAACAGGGGCGGAUCUGUCAAAAAUUUGCAGGAACUUCAUCUCCCGUAUGUAGACAGAGAAGAAUGUGAGGACUCACUUGGGAGGAACAAGAACAUGCUUACUGACCGGAUGUUUUGUGCCGGAAGUAAAAUUGAGAGGACAGGGGACACAUGUGGUGGGGACAGUGGGGGUGGCUUAGUUAUGGCUACAUCGACCAGAUGGGUUCAGACAGGAAUCGUGUCCUGGGGUAUGGGCUGCGAUGUGAACAAGUACUAUGGUAUUUAUACAGACGUAGGCAAGUUGUACAACUGGAUUGAGGGUGUUACACACUUUAGCGAAGAGGAGGUUCCCGAGUUUUUAACCAUUUAAAUGAAAAGAUGACUCGUGCAGACACUAUAAUCACAUUCGAACGAUUAUUGUUACGGAUGCUAUUGAAACAAUUUUAUAUAAAACAAUUUGAAGGAAAAAUAGAGGACAACGAUUAUUUAUUCUCAAGUACAUACUAUAAUUCUUGAGUUUUAAUAUUAUCAGAUACGUUUCAGUAAAUUUGGACGUUUUAGAAGAGGUUAGUUCAAAACAGUAACACUUGAUAUAGAACUAGAUAAAAUGUGUUCUUCUUUCAAAAGUGGGAAUUUUGAAUUUUGCAAAGUCUUAACAAGUUUUAAACUGUUUCUUACAUUUUACGUUGAAAUGCUCAUUUUCAUAAACAUAAUUGUUACACGAGUUCUAUCUAGUAUUUAUAUGACAUUCGUCAACUCUCUCAAAUAUGCAGAUUCUUUAUACUGAGUUAGAAUCACAAUGUCAAUUUGAUAUUAAUCAACAGAAACAAUAGCUUAGGAUUAAGGUUGUUAAAAUUGGCGAAAAAGGUGUGAAGAGAUUCCUGUGUAUCAGCUUACCAUGUUAAACUGUAUCCACAGAUUCCAUAUUUCCUAAAUUUUUUACUUGCCAUAUAAUAUUGAAGAAUUAUCUUUAUCUUUACACUUUUUAAACAGUUAAAAUGGUAGACCAUUACAAUAUCGAUAUGAUAACUGAACUCAUAUUAUAGCAGCAGCAAUAAUAAAAUAAUAUCCAUGCUU